AUGGGAGAUUCGGUCGUCACUGCAACUGCUCUCUCCACUGUUGCUGUUCUGUUUAUCAUCGCUGCACUCUGUGUCGCUCUCCGUCUCAAGAUCGCUGUUGACAAUGAGAAGGCCGGAAAGACGCCUGCCGACCAACAUGUCGCUGCGCAGCCGGUGCUGUUGGAAGACGCCAGCCAUCUGCCCUUUGCACAAGAUUCGGAAGGGCAGAACGAUGCGCCGCAUGGCCAGUCGUUUGAAAGCCAGCCGAAUGAUGCACAGGCAGAGCCUACAAUCGGCCCAAAGCUGCACCCCACGUCGCUGUCGCCGGCGGCUGCGCCUGCACCUGCACCUGCUCCAGCUACACCUUCUCCGUCGGCACAUGUGGCGGCUGCAUCGGUGCAGUCGUCGCUCUCGCCUGCCCGCACAGUAGCCUCGCCGUCAUCGACGCCGCCGCGUGGCCCGCGUCCGCGUCCCCGUCCGCGCCCUAGCCUCACCACCCAGGUCUACACCCCUGGCCGCAACGGUGGGGUAGAGACAUCGAUGACGCCCUCGCGCGAAGUCGCUGCCACCACCGUCCCUCUCGAUACCUUUGCCCAGCACCAGUCGCGUAUCUAG